AUGAGCUCCUUCGCUCACAUCCUCCAGGAGGUGGGAGAGUUUGGCUUCUUCCAGAAGCGUCUGGUGGCCAUCUUGUGCGUCCCCAGCAUUUUCAUGGUCUUCGAUGCCCUCGGCCAGGUGUUCACGGGCCUGGCCUUCCCCAACUUCUGCGACACCUCCUGGAUCCUGGAGCGAGGAGCCAACCUCAGCCUGCAGAGGCAGAAGGAGCUGAGUCUCCCUCGCCGCCCGGACGGAACUUUCCACGCCUGCUUGAUGUUAUCGCCCGUGCCCUGGGACCUGGACACCAUCGUGGAGUACGGCCUCAACCACACCACGCCGUGCCUCAACGGCUCCACCUUUGAGGCGCCGCCGGGAGCCUCCAGCGUGGUCACUGAGUUCCAGCUGGUGUGUGACAGAAGUUCCUUCAUCGAAGCGUCCCAGUCCGUCUACAUGGCCGGAAUUCUUGUGGGGGCCUUGCUGCUGGGGGCCAUGGCUGACAGGUUCGGUCGACGUGUUGUGGUCCUGCUGACUCAUCUUUUUCUCUUCUUGUUCGGCGUCACUUCUGCCUUUUCUCCAAAUAUUUAUUUUUACAUCACACUCAAAUUCCUGUGUGGAUUAUCACUGUCUGGAAUUAUCACCACCACGUUUGUGAUCGGUGGAGAGUGGUGUGAGUCGUCCAAGUUCGCCCUGUGCACCACCGUCAUUUACACCUUCACUUCGGUGGGCUUGCUGCUGCUGUCGGGUGUUGCUUACCUCAUCCCCCACUGGAGGAUCCUGCAACUUGUCCUCUACUUGCCUCUUCUGCUGCUGCUGCCUCUUCUCUACUGGUUUCUGCCAGAAUCUGCUCGCUGGCUCCUCACUCAGGGCAGGAAGGAGGAAGCCGUGAAGGAACUGAGGAGAGCAGCAAAGGUCAAUGGCAGGACCAUCUCACAACAUCUGCUGGACAAGCUGGAGAUGGAGGCGUGUCCCCACAGAAGAAGCAGACAAAGCCUGUUGGACAUCUUCAGGAUUUCCUACUUGAGAAAACGAGCGCUGGUGAUGAGUUACAUCUGGUUUGGUACCACCCUGGUCUACUACGGCCUGAGUCUCAACGUGGGGAACUUUGGUGUCGACGUCUACUUGACCCAGUUCAUCUUCGGCCUGGUGGAGAUUCCUGCUGUCCUCGGCUCUCUGCCGCUCAUCCAGCGCUUUGGCAGGCGGCCGGGCCAGGCCGGAUUGUUGAUGUUUGCGGGCGCCGCCUGCCUCGCCAGCAUCGCCGUGCCCAAAGAUCUCCCCGUGGUGACCACGGCCAUGGCCGUCAUUGGGAAAUUCGCCGCCACCGCCUCCUCCACCAUCAUGUUCGUUUACGCGCCGGAACUUUAUCCCACCACGCUGAGGCAGAACGGCAUGGGCCUCAACUCCAUGUGCGCGCGCGUCGGAGGCGUCCUGGCGCCGCUGAUCCGACUGCUCCAUGCCUACCAUGACGUCAUCCCCAUGUCUUUAUAUGGCGCGGUGCCCGUCAGCGCCGGGCUCCUGUGUUUGCUGCUGCCGGAGACGCGCGGCGUGGAGCUGCAGGAUCACGCCGAGAUGACGGAACAUGGCGCCAGAAGCAGCGACCGCGAGGAGGACGGAGAAACGGAAACGCCCUACUAGCGGAGAUGCGCUGUUACCAUGGCAAUAGCCGCUCGCCAACACAGAAGAAAACAUCAAAUCCUCAAGAUAUUCUCUCUUUUUGGACUUUUUAAAAAUUUCUAUUUCUUUCUUUUUUUUUUUCUCUCUCUUUUUUUGGACUUUUGAAAAGGAACACGUCGUUUUAUGAUGUGUACUCGUUCUGUACUCCUGUUUACAUUGAAGUAAAACAGUGCAAUAAUCAUACAAAACGUGAACAUGAGUGCUUUUAAAUAAAAGUAAACAACAAAAGAUCGAACAUUCAUGCUUUUAAUUGGACAGAAGAUGUCAGGUUUAAGCACCAAACUAUCUAUUAAACAGGACAAGAAGCAAGGAAUCAAGCAGAGACAGAUUUCAAUUUGGCUCAUGGGGAGAAACGUAUGGUGCUGCACACUCAGUUACAGUCUCCCACCACGCUCUGAGGUACAGCCCCCGCACUCCCCAUUUUAUUCAGGAGUUCCCUAGUUACAUCGCUGAAGCUGCUUCUCAAGGGAGGGUACACAUAUUACGCAAGCAGCUCCAGUAGACACAAUACGGGAUUAUUCAGAAUGGAAAUGUGCUUAGCCUCGUGGUUUUGGCCUGUCUCUGCUUUGUCUGCGUUGAGGUACUCGAAGUCCGUCCUUGGCCGUGGCUGGCUGAAAGACACAAACAACAGCAGCGAGGCACUCCUAACUUGCAGUGGAAGAUAACAAGUU